AUUUAUCUUGAAAUUCUGACUCGAUAUUGGAAGAAUCGAGUCAGAUGGUAUUUUAUGUAUAGUGCAAACAUUAGAUUAUUUAAUUGCCCCAGAUAUUUACGGAUGGAACUGGUUUCAACAGGUUCCUGGUAGUAUCUUUGUUAUGCAAGACGAAAGAGUUCUGAUAUUGCCAUCUUGGCAACAGAGGCUUCAAAACGAUAACUACAAAAACUGGGUUAAGAUAGGAUAUGGGAUUGACUUGGUGUGUAAAGCAAUACGACCAUACGUAGAAAAAGAAGCGAAGGCAUUCCAUGGCAUAGUGACAACCAGUCUUCAUGGACUUCCUCUCUGUACAUGUACUUACACGAGACAUCCUUAUCAUAAUAUGAUUACCUGCUUGUGGGCUAAGGAGCUGUUGAAUUAUCACACAAAAGGAAAGGCAACAUGGAGUCAAAGUAAUGCUUCACUAUGGAAUGACCCCAGUGUUGGUCACUGGGAGGUAGCCAAACUGUACAUGCCCUAYGGUUGUGCUAAAGGGAAUUCCUGUGCAGAGACUGAUGCUACUGGGCUCCUGAAUCUUUUGUACUGGUGUAACUAUUAUAAGACUGACACUAUGCUUGUAGAAAAGUUMAKKGACACAAGAAAUGCAUGGGGACACGCACCCAAACAAGAGUUUGAUGCAACUGMAACAAAURAUGCUUUCCUGUCUAUGAAGGAUUUUCUACAAGAUGCAGAGUUUAGUUCAGAUCCUGAUGUUAUUGACGCCCUUAAUGAGGUCACAAAACUGGAGAGUGAUACCCUCAUAGAUUUUAAAGAUAUCGAAGUCCAAGCGAUAAACCACUUAAAAGAUUUCAUCAUUUCUAUCAAAGAUGAAAUCAUCGAAAAAGUGGAUCGAAAUGCMGCUCAURCGACAGAAAUAAAAGACAUUCUUCAUUUUUGCAUGAAAGGUGAUGCCGAUCGAGACAACGUUCUUAGUGACAUACAGAACAGAAUAGAAACAAUCGAGCUAAGGGAGCAAGAGAAAAGCAAACAGAAUAGAUGGAUUCUGAAUACCCUUGAGAAAAUCUUUAACAGCUUCUUUCUGUUGAUCGUGAAACUGUUGAUAGCGUAUUUGACUGUGGGCAAAAUAAUUCCAAGUCGGGCCAGAGUCUUAUUUCUCUUCCUGGUGCUGAGUGUAACCAUUCUUGAGGAAAAUACGGUAGAUUCUGAUUGUGAAAGAAACAAGCUCUACGAUAUCGAUCCAUUUGAGCUGAAGCAAUUUGAUUUCACUGAGUACCUGAAUCGAGCAAGAGAAGGUUUCGUUGGACGCCAGUGGUUGUUCAAUACUAUUACAGAAUCAAUCGAACAAAAGCAUAAAGAAUCCAGAGGAGUCUUGAUCGUUGGUCCACCAGGUUUUGGGAAGUCGGCACUGAUAUCAAAUCUGAUUUGCUCAAAACUGUCAAGACUUUCAUUACACAGCCAAAUUCUAGGAUACCACUUCUGUAUUCAUUCUGACAAAAACACUUUGAAUGGUGCCAAGUUUGUUCGUAAUCUGGCAAACAUGAUAGCAUCGAGAUUACCAAAUUAUAAAGACUUAUUGUAUAAGGAAAAGUUUAUACAAAGAAUUCUCAAAGUUGAAUGCUUGGGAGAUCCAACAGGAUGCUUCGAGCAAGGAAUUCUUGCUCCAUUGCUGAAACUUCAACUAAGAUUUGAAUAUCCAAUGUACAUAGUUGUUGAUGCAUUAGAUGAAUGCCUAGACGAAAAGGAAAAAAACACUGGAAGAACUAUAGUGGAUGUCCUUCAGCAUAAAAUAAAACAAUUUCCAUCCUGGCUAAAGGUCAUUACCACCACUAGAAACCAAUCAAACAUACGAAGAAAGCUUAGGAAUCUUGAUUUGAUUGAACUUCAUCCUGACGAUCCAGAAAACUUGCGAGAUAUCGAAAGGUUCCUAACUUCAAAAUUAGAGGGGUCUAUUCAAUCUCGGGUAAGGAGUUACGUCCUCUCAGGCAAAGAUACGUCAGUUUCGGACCUUGUCCAGAAAAGUCAAGGAAACUUCCUAUAUAUUAAACUGAUUUUGGAAUAUCUGCUCAAAAGAGAACUAACAGAUAAAAGCCAUCUUCCAGAUUCUAUAAAUAGCGUCUAUCAAGAUUUUUUUGAACGGAAAUUUGAUUCACUUGAAAAAUUCAGUGCACCUCGUACAAUAUUUGAGAUUUUAGUUGCUACAAAGUCGCCGGUAACUGUUAUGGAGUUGUAUGACAUUCUUUCCGAUGAAAAAAAGGAUUUUGGUUUGAACUACGAUUUGCUACCAGUUCUAGAAGAUCUGUCAAUGUAUCUUCUCUAUACAGAGGACAGACAGUCGAUCGUUAGUGUCUUUCACAAUUCCCUCACUGAAUGGCUAACAAGUGACUCAAACAAGGGCGGAGUUUUCUAUGUAAAUGAAAAGAAAGGAAGCAGAGCCUUAGCUAAUCACUUUUUAAAGGUAUUCAAUGGAAAUUUCAGCAAAGUCAUUCCCAAGUUUAUCUUCGAUCUAACUACGUACAUUGUUGUUGGAGGACAUCUAAAGAGGCACACGGAUAGCUUCCUUAAAAUUGAUCCUACGUUAAUCAAAGUUAAAGACAAACGUACUGGUUUUACUGCACUCCAUCUUGCUGCGGAAGCAGAAGACGAAAAGGUACUAGGUAUGUUGUUAAACAUUUUUAAAGAUGCAAAUGUCGAAGAUAUUAAAGGACGUACGGCUGCAUUUAUGGCAGUUACAUUUGGUCGUUUCAACAACCUACGUCUACUUCACGAGAAAGGAGCAUCUUUGUCUCGAGUGACAAAACGGCUGCCAGUUGUCAAAAAGAGCAAAAUUGAUGAUGCUCUGGAAUGCAAGCGUCAAAUGUGUGGAUACUCGCUGCUUCAUGUGGCUGCUCAAAAGGGUCACAAAGACAUAGUCGAGUACCUUAUUAACAAUGGCAGUGAUGUGUCUUUGUUGUCAGCAACGGGUAACAGCGCCGUGCAACUUGCAGCUGAAUUUGGUCAUAUUGAAAUCGUCGAGCUGUUGUUACUACAUGGGGCAGAGGUAGACAACACUUGUCUUUACUAUGCUGCUUUAUAUGGGCAAGUUGAGAUCGUAGAGUUUCUAUUAAAAAAAGGAAUCAAAGACUCGUGUAUUCGAUGUGAUGGCAUCGAUGAUCAGAUAUCAGACUUUGUUCGAAAUUGCAAUACAGCUUUGCAUGCAGCGGCCAUUGGUGAUUACCCAGAUGUGAUAGAAACUCUGCUCACUUCAAAACAUAAUGCAAUCAAUUGUGUAAAUUAUUUUGGCAAAGAGCCAAUCCAUGAAGCAGUUCAUCACAACAGUUAUCGAGCAGUAAAUGCGUUUCUAAAGCAUGGCGUUGACACUUCGAAUAGAUGUAAGCUCAAAUUUCGUGGAUACACUCCACUGCAUCUGGCAGCACAUCAUGGCUUUGCUGCCCUCACGAGUUUGCUUCUGGAACACAACGCUGAUUAUAAUGCGACAGACUGUGAAGGCUCGCAGCCAAUUCACGUUGCUUCUUGUCAGGGACAUGGAGACGUAGUGUCUGUUCUUGUCGAACAUGGCGCAGAUAUCAACAGCAAAGGUCCAAAUGACAUGACUCCCAUCCAUUAUGCUUGCCGAUGUAAAGCAACGGAAAUAUUUGAUAAACUUUUUGAGCUUAAUGCUAAUGGUUUAGCACUCACUGCAGACGGAAAGACACCUUUGCAUUUUUUGAUUCAAGAAUAUUUUAUAGAUAAGUUUUAUUUUGUUGAUCCGCAUGCUGUAAAUCCGAUUGACCCAGUUACCUUUGAUUCGUCGGAAGAUAAAGCUGUCAAGUCGCACAUGAGAGAACAUUUUUGGCUUACAUCUUCCACAAAGUUCCUUCAGUCGUUAACUAAGUCCCGUGAUAUCACUUUGUCUGAAUUGGGGACAGUUCUGGGGCCAUUGCAGUCAUUUCUCUCAUAUGGAAGUGUUCUCCCUAAAAAUAUCAUUGGUAAAAUAUCGAUAAUUUUGCUUGGAAGUGAUCGGCACAUAAACGCUAGACUUGUCGUUAUCUCUACGCCUGCCCCAUUUCCUGUUGACAUUGGUUUGGCAUCCUUUUUACAAAACCAACAUACAAAUUUGAAUAAACUUAGCACAACAAAUGUUUUGCCACCUUUCGUGAGAAAAGGUUUUUCAACGGCACUUAUGACAAUGACGGGGAAAAUAAACUUUGAGUGCCCGAUGUUAGCAGCCUUCAUCCAUCACAAUAUGGUGUAUGCUGUUGAUGCGUUUUUACAAUUAGGAAUGGAUGUCAAUUGUGAGGAGUCUGGCCUAAGCCCACUUCUUGCUUAUCUAAGACAAGGGGGACGUAACAUGGCGAAAGUCCUCGCGAAACAUGAUGUUACUGUUGACAUACGAUGUGGAGAAUAUUUCCAAGAUUCCGUAUUUCAUCUUGCUGCCUAUCACAAGUUGCAUUAUCUUCAGUAUCUUUCAAUAUUCGUAGAUCCCAUUAAAUGGGAAGAGUACCUGAAAGAGGAACAUGCGUUGUUUGACUAUCUUUUCGAUGUCUAUGAUGAAGUAUCCACCGAAGGGCAGCUUAAGUUAAAAAGAGUUCGAGAUGGUCCUGUAACCAUAGCAAUCAAAUCCAAUUUCCGUGGCUUCAAGAUUAUAGACGAAUGUCUCGAUAAUGACGGCUACACAGCUCUUCAACGAGCAGCCCAGGGUGGGAAUGUUGUUGCUGUCAAACACUUUUUAAAAUGGGGCGCAAAUCCUUCCUUGGAAAGUCCAGAAGAAUUUGACGCUUUGGUUUUGUCAAUAUGGUAUGCAAUCAAAUACCGACCUUACUUCGAUCUUUUUAGACCAAGUCUUUUAACAUCAAUGGAAGUCGAAUUUGCAUCUCUCACUGCGAGUGUCAUUUUGAAGCAUUUGACCAAGAACAAACCAUUUGACAUUGGAUGUGAUGAGAAGAGAAUUACACCAACACUUAUGCAUUUAGCAGCCACUCGUGGAAUGUGGAGGUUCAUAGAUGACUUGUUUGUUUCGAAGGAUCAUUGGAGUGUAACUGGUUUAACUGCUAAUUGCCCUACAAUGGAUAAUAUUACGCCCAUGUACUUAGCCAAGCUGCAUGGUGGGGAGAAUUGUGACUGGGAUAAUCCUUGGUGUAAAGUAGUUGGAGUGUUAUCACAAUUUGGAGGGUCCAUGAUUUACCCUGACCGUGUAACUGAGUACUUUCUAAUCCUCAAUUUCUUGUUCAAUGAUCUCCCAGAAAGAUUUUACAUUAACGAAUUAAACCAUGAGGAAAUUCAAUUACUUGGUGAUAGCAAAGAGUGCAAAGACUUCCAGGAAGAGGGACAUAUUCUUACAGGCAAAUCUCUUGAAGAUAUUCUUUUCGACGACUAUCUUAACCUUUCCUAUGAUUACCCUCUAGAAUCACAAGAUGAACAGUUUAACUCAAUGAAGUCACAAUACGUUGAAAUUAUUUUGAGACUAAGAAAAGAGGAAAGUAAUUUCCGAUCAACAAAGCUGGACUAUUAUAUAUUCUUGACAAACAAGCUGAUUAAUUUGAAAUGGAGUCUUCAUUUCUAUAGAAACAUUGAUGACAGUAUACUGAAGUGUGUGCCUCAUACCAUGGAACCAAUUCCCAAAUACCCAACCAUUACAAAUCUUAAUGCCCAACACUUUUUGCCAACAGAAGAAAACUUCGCAAAAGAAAAGGUAAAGUCUAAUCACAUGGAUGAUGACGAAAACAUCGUAGAUGCCUUUAUGUCCAUUCCAGAUAUGUGUUCUUCAAAGUCAACAGUCGAUUUCGAAACUCUUGAUAAAAUUUCACACAAAAAUCGCCUGAUUUUCAACAAACAUUACAAAGCAUUUGCCAAAAAACUCGAAAUUGCAAAACAAAAACUUCGACAAAAGAAAGUUAGAGUCGGAGUAUUCGACUCUGUGGACAAUCUCUUUCACGACUUUGAAAGUACGAUGCAUUGCCAAAUGAAGGAUGUCACCUACAAAUAUGCAAGAUUCAAGUUUCUUUUACAUACAAUGAAAUUCUGGAGCGUACAAGUUAAAAAGCUCGAUAUGUAUCCGCUCAUUCCAAAAUUUGCUUCAGAAAGGAUCCAGGAAAUCUUCCAAAGCGAAGAACAAAAAGAGAUGCUUCCUUUUAUCAUCAAACUAGCAAAGGUUGAUCCUUCAGAUCAGUAUGAACAUUUGAAAAUGUUUAGAUUUUCUGCACCUCCAUUAGAAGAAAAGUUUAGGGAGCCAGACAAUCAGAAGUCUAGCUAAAAAUAGGUUCUAUACCCUGAAAUAUUAUUAUUACAAUCAACUGUAUCAAUGAAAAUUUAUGUUUUUUUCUGAAAUGGUCCGCUAUGCUUGCAUGAUCGAUGCUGUUAUAAAAGCUGGAAAUUAAUAUGCUUUCGUUAAAGGCUUUUUUCUUAAUAUUAAUUAGUCAUCGCCAUAUCAAUGAAUACAUGUACAAUCACAAUAAAUUAGUACUUUCACACUUUUCUACACAAGUUUCACAUAUUCUUGUUGAAGUCAUUCAAAUCAAUUUUAAAGACAAUUAGGUCGCUAACUUAAAUAAUAAUAAACUAAAUUUAUUUGUA